AUGGAUAACUUAGAAAAAUUAAAUUCUUUAGUUGUAACAGCCGUCCGAUGUGCUCACGGCCACCAGGAAUCUGAAGCUGAAUUUGAUAACAGGUAUGAAAGAUUUUUCAAUAAUUCUAAAAUUGAUGGAUGGGAGAUUAGGAAGGGUAUCAACGACCUUCAUGGAUAUGAUUUGGUUCCCGAGCCUAAAAUCAUUGUUGCAAUUUUGAAAGCUUGCAGACGAGUCAAUGAUUAUGCUCUGGCUGUCAGAUAUCUUGAAGCAGUAAAGGACAAAUGCGGACCAAAUGUUGGAAAGAUAUGGCCUUACUUGCUGAAGGAGAUUGGACCAACUUUGAAAGACUUAGGAGUUCUGACUCCUGAAGAAAUGGGUUAUGACAAACCUGAGUUGGCCUUGAAGGAUGUUCAUGAUAUGUGA